AUGCUACUAGAUUGGGUGCUUUUUAUCAAAUUGAAAUAUGUAUCCAAUGAAAUCAGGCUUAAAGUUGUAAUUAAUGAAAUCACAGGUGAUCAUAAUAAGUCCUUAGAUCUCGACGUUAGUGAAACUCAAAUUUAUUUUUACGAUUUUGUCAACAAUGUCAACAUAAGCAACAAAAUUGAAGGUACAGCAGAACUUUUGAAAAGUACUGUCGACUUGGAUUCUAAGAGAAGAUUGAUAAUAUUUGUUCCUGGUUUUAAAAGCAAUAUUAAUAAAGAUCUCGAAGAAGUAGUUCGACAAACUUUCAAAGACGUGCCUGAUGUUUAUCUCAUAAUAGUGGACCAUUCAGCUUACACCUACGAAGAUAAAGAAAGACUUAAAAGCUACUUACGUUCCGUGCGUUACUCGUACUAUAUUGGACAUAUCUUAGGAAAAGUUUUGGCUAAUUUAAGCAGAGAUACAUUUCCUCCAGAUAAUAUUCAUUUUAUUGGUCAUAGUUUGGGUGGCCAUAUAAUUUCGUAUGCUGCUGAAACAUUUAGAGAUAUAACGAAGGAUAGAGUUUGGCGUAUCACUGGAUUAGAUCCGGCAGGACCAUGUUUUUCUGUUGGUAGACUCGAAGAUCAAAUAAGAUCAGGAGUCGGGAAGUAUGUUGAAGUGUAUCAUUGUAACGCUGGUCACUUCGGCACAACCCAGACGAUAGCUGAUACUGAUUUCUUUUUUAAUCGUGAAGGAAAAGUUCAGCCAGAUUGUGAUGAAGACAGUGAUGAAGAUACUGAAAAGUGCUAUCACAAAGCUUGCGUCAGAUAUUAUAUGAAAACAGUUCAUAAGCCAGAAAUAUAUAUAGCACGAUCUUGUGCCUCAUACAAAACUUUUAAGGAAAGCUUGUGUGAAGGAAAUGAAACGGCUAUAGUUGGCUAUCACAAUCCUGGUGAUAAGAGAGGAAUUUAUUAUGUUUCUACUGAUAAAAAGUGAUUACCAAUAAUUUGACAUAAAUUUUGAAACAAUUAUCAAAUAUAAUAUAGAAUAUUGCAGACAA